AUGCCACCAAAACGAAAGCGAACCACGGCCGUAGACUCCGUCAAGCAAGACGCCAUGGACCCCGUCCAACCCUCUUCUCGCGAUGCAUCCGACGAGGGCACCGUAGAUCCUGUGCUCAAGGCCGUCGCGUCCAAGAAGGAGCGCCAGGCCGACACCAAUGGCACGGCCAAGCGAGUACGUGUAGCAGACGGCCCCCACAACGGCGAGGACGACGAGGAGCGCGCCAGCAAGAAGAGCCGCCGCACAUCAUCAUCCCCAGACAGCGAGCAUGGCGAGGCAGGCGAGGCCGAAUCUAUGCGCAUGCCGCCUCCUCCAAAGGCCGGUCUGGUCGAUCCCGUCGGUUACAAGACGAACCCUCCGCCCCAGGGGCGCCCGGUCAGGAUAUACGCAGAUGGUGUUUUUGACCUGUUCCACCUUGGUCACAUGCGUGCGCUUCAACAGGCCAAGACUGCCUUUCCGGACGUCCACCUGGUGGUCGGUGUCACGGGUAACAAGGAGACACAUAAGCGCAAGGGUCUGACGGUUUUGUCUGCAAGGGAGCGCGCCGAGAGCGUACGCCAUUGCAAAUGGGUUGACGAAGUCAUUGAAGAUUGUCCGUGGAUCGUUACGGCCGAGUUCCUGUUGAAGCACAACAUCGACUAUGUUGCUCACGACGAUCUGCCAUAUGGAGCGGACGAGGGCGAUGACAUCUACGGUCCCAUCAAGGAGCGAGGCAUGUUCCUCGUCACCCAAAGAACAGAGGGUCUCAGCACAACAGGUAUUAUUACCAAGAUUGUACGAGAUUACGACCAGUACAUCGACCGCCAACUGAAGCGCGGAACGUCACGUAAGGAACUCAACGUAUCGUGGCUGAAGAAGAACGAGCUCGAUGUCAAGCGUACAAUGGCGGAGCUGCGCGACAGCAUUAAGGCCAACUGGACCACAACCGGCAUAGAACUCAGCAGAGAUUUCCGUCAAUUCUGGCAAACAAGUCGACCAGGAAGCCCGGCCAGAACUCCUACAAAGGAGCAUUCGCAAGCCGAAGCCAUGGAUGUCUCAGGCUCCGCUCGAUCGCCCUCGGCACUCUCACGACUCAGUCAUCUGGAUAUUCCGCGCGCGAACAACCCCUCGAGGGAAUCAUCAGAGUUCACCGCUGGUUACAACCUCGGUCUGAUUGGAGGUGUACGAUCAUGGAUGGCGCGUAGUCGUCGCAAUUUGAACGACAGCCGGCCCCAAAGCCCUAUUGACGACAGUUCAGACGAGCAUGAGACCAAGAGCUCACAUGAAACCCCACGUGGACGUACCGGCAAGCAAACAAAGAGCGAGCCAUCCGUGGAAACUGCUGCUUAG